AUGGCUCCCAGUAACACUCUCAUGAUCCACGUGGAGGAGAAGCUGCUGCCGAAAGAAAAGAAUAAACUGAGGAAGCCGGUGGUGGUGGAAAAGAGGCUCCGCGACCGGAUUAACAGCAGCAUCGAGCAGCUGAAACUGCUCCUGGAGAAGGAGUUCCAGAGACACCAGCCCAACUCCAAGCUGGAGAGACAUCCUGGCCUGGAGAUGACCUACCUGAAGCAGCAGAGCCAGCUGCGAGACCCAACAUUCCUUCACAAGAGCCUGGAGCAGGACUUUAACAGCGGAUACCUGCGGUGCCUCAAGGAAGCCAUGCAUUUUCUGUCCUACUAUGAACCCAAGAAGGAAACUCAGGUACAGCUGAUCAAGCAUUUCUGCAAAGCUCAGGUGGGUGCAGGUGUCAUGUACUCGCCCAUGCUGCGCAGCCCACCUCUGUCACCCUGCCUGCUUGCCAGAAAGCAACCCGCCCAGAAGACUGCGGCUGCUGCUCCCCCCCUCUGGAGGCCCUGGGCGGCCCUCUGCUGA